UUUUCAUUCGUUCACUUGUCUUGAAUGGAACAUGGCGGUGCUAGGCAGGAUGUGCAUAAGUUUUUAAUUUUGCAUUUAUUAUAAAAUCGAAGAUUUUUUAAGUACUGUUUAUUAGAUGGUGAUUUUUUGUGAGCCAAAGUAUUUGUUAUUGUGCAAGGACAUCUAAUUACCAGCUCACUUUUAUGCUACCUUGACUUUUUGCAAUGAAAUUUGUUACUUCGCUGCUGGUGUAAAAAUAAUUGUGACAAAUAUAACACAUUAUCUCAGCAAGCUGUGGGUGCCAUGGCUACGCUGAUCCAAGAGAAUGGCAUCAGCAUCAGCAAUCACAUUGUGCCUGACCACGAGUACUGCGAGCCGGCGCGGGAGCCCGAGCCGCAGGCCGUGGCGCCGCCGGCGGCGCUCGACGCCGCCGCGCCGCCCGACGACGAGGAGACCCCCGAAAUAGACAUCAUGAUAAACAAUGUCGUGUGUAGUUUUAGUGUUAAGUGCCACUUGAACCUGAGACAAAUAGCUUUGAACGGUGUAAACGUGGAGUUCCGACGCGAGAACGGGAUGGUGACGAUGAAGCUCCGGCGCCCGUACACGACGGCAUCCAUCUGGUCGUCGGGGCGCGUGACGUGCACGGGCGCCACCAGCGAGGACCAGGCCAAGGUCGCGGCGCGCCGGUACGCGCGCGCGCUGCAGAAGCUCGGCUUCCAAGUGCGCUUCCAGAACUUUCGCGUAGUCAAUGUAUUAGGAACCUGUCGAAUGCCCUUCGGAAUAAGGAUUACGGCAUUCUCCAACAAAUAUAGAGAGGCAGACUAUGAACCUGAGCUUCACCCUGGUGUCACAUAUAAACUAUAUAACCCUAAAGCUACAUUAAAAAUAUUCUCUACGGGAGGUGUCACAAUAACAGCUCGCAGCGUGGGCGACGUGCAGUCGGCCGUGGAGCGCAUCUUCCCGCUAGUGUACGAGUUCCGCAAGAUGCGCACGCCCUUGGACGAGGAGCAGCUGCGCUUGCGGCGCGGCGGGGGCGGGACUCGAGCCCCGACGGCGCCGGACCCCGCCGGCGCGGGCGCGGGCGCGCUCGGCGGCGCCGGCGCUUGGGAAUGA